CUUUGCUUAGCAAAGUAAUCCGGUGUAUAAAAGACUUUAAGAUUUAUUGUCUAUAAAAAUUAACAUUUAUACAUUAAAAAUAGCAAUUUAAAUAGGAACAAUGGGACGGCGUUCUAUUAACACCACUAAAAGUGGGAAAUAUAUGAAUCCUACUGAUCAAGCAAGAAAGGAAGCGCGUAAAAAAGAGCUGAAGAAAAAUAAACGACAACGACAAAUGGUCCGAGCAGCUGUCCUAAAAAAUAAAGACCCGGGUCAAAUAUUGGAAGAAAUGGAAAAAAUUGAUGAAAUGGAGUAUAAUGUAUUGCAACCGUCACCGUUAAAUGAAAAAGUUCUUCGGGAUAAGAGGAAGAAGUUGAAGGAGACUUUUGAUCGUGUGAUGCGUCUUUAUCACAAUGAUGAACCCGAGCAUUGGGCUGACUUAAAACGUAAAGAAGUGGAGUAUGAAAAAAAACGACUCAAAAAGCAACAAUAUUAUGAAAGUGUAAAGCAUGCACAGAGUGUACAAAUUGACGAAAUCCCUCUACCAGCCUCAACCCAGGGUUCCAAUGCUAGUUCUACGACCGCUUUAACGUUCCAUGUCACCAACAGAUUACCACCUCCACCAACGUCAUUAUCCUUGCCACCAUUUGCCCCUGGGGCGCCACCUGGUAUUAUAAAAAAAAGUCAAGAGGCGACUACAAAACCACCUGACAAAACUAAUGAUGUCAAAAAGAAAGAGCUCUUAGGUGUUCCGCCUGGACCGCCACCUAUUCUUUUCCAAAUGAAUGACUUAGACACAGAUGCCGAAGACGAUGAAGUUGAUGUGAAAGAUUAUAAUCCAAAAUUAAAAGCUUCAAAGUCAAAAUCAUUAAGUAAGCCAAAUUCUUUGCAGCAACGGAUGCUAGCUAUCUCAGGUCAAAAUAUUGAUGAAUUUAUGAAGGAAAUGGAAAAUGUACACAAAAAGAAAGAAAAGGAGCGAGAGGCUGCUUUGCGCGGGGAUGAAGCGUCUUCGUCUGAUGAAGACGAGAAACCUAAAAAAUCUGAAAAUUCUGACGAUGACGAUAGUGCACCUGCAAGUAGUCGCACUUCGGACAGUUCAGAUAGUGGGGAAGUAAGUGAAGAUGCUAUACAAUCUCCUAAAAGAAAGCGAAAGGAAACAAGUAGUCCACCAAAUUUACAAGUUGCAGCUGCUACAAUUCAUGCAUCUACAUCUGUUCCUGUCACAAUACCUUUGCCGCCUGUGCCCCCGCAUGUCGGUCCACAUCUCUCUGUUCCCGCUCCACCUAUGCCUCCUGUAGCCAGUUUGGCACCAUCGAUGAUAUUGAGGCCUCCACCAUUACGACCACCUGGAGCUCUGCAUAACUUUGGUAUACGUAUGCCGCCAGGUCCACCACCUGGUCCACGGCUACAUGGUUUGGGUGGUAUGCCACCUAGAAUGGGUAUACGCAUGCCUCCUGGACCUCCUCCUGGUAUGCCACCUCGAAUGGCACACCACCAUAAAAAUCAACAGCAAUUGCAUAAAGAUCAAAGUAAAGGUGUAACUACUAUAACAGCCAAACCACAGAUUAGGAAUUUGAGUGCUGAUGUUACUCGAUUCGUGCCAUCGACAUUACGUAUAAAGAGGGAGGAAACACGAAAACCUGGUACGCGAACUAAGAUGAUUCAAGAACCAACCAUUCAAACUGCAGAAGCAAAUAAGGCGGCUACAAAGGACGAUGCCUAUAUGCAAUUCAUGAAUGAAAUGCAAGGGCUAUUAUAAUUAUUAAAAUAUUCCUACAUAAGGGGUGUAAUAUAUAUAAAAUGAUAUAAAUUUUAAUUGAUUUUA